CAGCAGAAGCUGGUGCGGGUUGUAGGUGGUGAGGAGAAAACGGCGGAUUUUCUCUCUGUCCCUCGUUGUUGUCCUGGGCGGGAGGAUGAACGCGGACCGUUUCUCAAUGUCGGCAGAGGACUACCUGAUUUUAACAGUGUCCAACUCGGAAGUCACAUUUUGUUUCGUGAAUUUGCCUUCAUCAAAGCUACCCCUUACAAUAGGGCUUCAUUUAUACGAAUGUUCUGGCGGUGCUUCCGGCAAAUAGGCAAGAAUGGAGACCUGCUGACAGUGAAUGAAUACCAUUCCUUACUGCAGCUCAUUUGUCAAGACUUUCCAAUGGAUCAUGCCCACAAAGCAGCAAGGAUUGUUCUAAUGGAUGAUGCGAUGGACUGCCCGAUGUCAUUCGUGGAUUUUAUAUAUGCACUCCAGAUUCAGUUGUGCUAUUGUGAAUAUCUCGAAAGCAUUUCUAUUAUUUAUCAAGACCUCCUUAUGGGAAAAAAUCCAAAUGCUGUGAUUGUGCCAACUUCCUCCAUCCAACAACAUCGCUUACUGUCUGUUGAAACAGCAACACAAGAAGGCGUUGAUGCAUCCCAGUUUUAUGACUGUUUGGAAACUCUCUGUGAUAGAUAUAAACACAAUUACCCAUCAGUUCCGUACGUGAAGCAGAUCCUCCACAAAGUGCAACGAGUGACAUUCUUCGGAUUUGCAAUGGCCCUUGCAAAGCACGAGGGGAUUAACUCCAAAUUAGGAAUUCUUCCCAAUAAGGCAGAACUUCUCAAAGAUUCAGACAUGGACCGAGAGCUGGAGAAAGUAAUUGAACAUAUGCUCAGUAACCAAACCUCCAGUGCUCCUACACAGAAGGAACCAACCAGAAAAAUCAGUCAUCGCAAGACUCUCACUCAGCGCAAGAAAGUAGACAUUGAGAGUGAUGGUUCAACUGAAGAAACCGAUUCCUCUGAAAAUUAACUCACUGUCUUUGUUUGCUGCUGUUGAUAUUAAGUCUAACAAUCAAAUAGUUCCCUUUGGCUUUCCUCCUAUUUGUUAAAAUGGGUUUAAAGACCCUUUCAGAGUUGCCAUCAUCUCUUCUCAAUUAAGAUCUUGCUUUUGAGCUCAAAUUAAACUAACAAAUUGUCGACUCUGCCACUUGUAGUAAACUGAUUUUGAGUUUUCUCAGCCCAGUUCCAAUUGGGAGAAUAACUGUAUCAUAAAAAUUGCCCAGAAGAAAAUAUUGUUUUGUACUUUCACCCAGCGAAUCCUUCACCUUGGCUUGUUUAGGAAAUUGGUCAUGGUCAUUUAGUCACCUGGUAAUGCAGUUUGUAGUAUUGUUAAAAAAGGAGACAUGUUACUAAAACUUUUGUGUCUUGCACUCAUCAGGACAGAUGCAAGAAUGCCACAUUUCACAGGAAGCAUUUAUACUGUAAGAGUAAAGGCUGCUGAUAGGUUGGCAAGUUGGUUUUGACUGGUCAAAGCAUUGCUAUGGCGAGUGCAUCAGAGAACUGUUGCCUCCCACUUUUUGUUUUGUUUGCCUUUUUGUUUUAGGUUCAAAGGGAUUAAUUUUCUCAUGGAGUAUAAAUUGUUGCUCCCUUUAAAAUGCGGCAUCUUUGUGGCUAUUCUGAAGAGUGCAAGAUGAAAAGCUUCACUGUAUGCCUUUUAUUCAGCAAUACUCAAGUCAUGGUAUUUCUCGGCUGAAGGUAAAACUCACAGUCUAUAUGUAGAUAUAUAGUCACAAUGUAUCCCGCACAGACUCAAUGCAAAAUGCUUCUGAAUACAGUAAUAAUACAGAUCGAUUGGACACUGCCUUAUAGUCAAGGUACAUUGUUGAAAUGUCAAUAAAUUCUACUACGGUGCUAACAUAGCCUCCCUGUGGCUGUCAGAUGGAACUACAUUUGGUUUUGACAGUGGUAUUCUCCACAGUUACAUAAUUUGUCUACAGUUGCAUGUUAAAAAAGUGUUAUCUGGUGAAAUGUGGAAGGACCCCUGAUUGCGAGCAGUAAUUAUCAUCUGCAGACGCCAAAAAUUGUUGGUAGUGCUUAAAACUGGAACAUACAUUACCUGAUGUCUACAAAAAUAAAUAAGUUAUUUCCCAA